UGUGUGUGUGUGUGUGUGUGUGUGUGUGUGUGCGCGCGCGUGUUUAUGGGGAGGGGGGUCGUGUCUGUGUUGCUCGUGUCUGUUGUAACUCAUGUUUAACUUAGGGAAAAUAACGUGAAAGAAGUGUUUUUAUUUGAUACCUGAGUAAUAAUCUUUUGUUCCGUGAAUAUAUAUAUAUUUACCUUUCUGUAUAUUAACCCUAACCUAUAUGUUGUUUUCUAAAAUUCGUCUUUAACACGCCUGGAACUUGAAACAAUUACCCUUUUUAAACACCCUAACUUUUAACACACUUCACUGAUGAAGACAAGAAUAUUGCAAAUCAUUUUGAGUUGCUUCUUAUUGACAUUUGUUUUAAAUGAUUAAUUAUUGUUUAUGACGCCGAUGAAAUCACGCCAAGGUAAAAGAACAUUUUAAAUUAUAGAACUUUUUAAUUUUUUUUUUUUUUUGAAUAAGUCAUGCUUUGUUGCCUUCCCAAAGGUACGUUUGUUCAGCUCAUGCACUGUGGAAAUUAUUUUUGAAAUAAAAUAUAUUUUUCUGAUGAGCAACAGAAUUGUUAGCAUUUGUGAUCCAACCACACACACAAACUGUAAUCCAGUCAUCUUGCUCAGCUGCAGCCUCUGUGUUUGCACAGAGUGAAACAUUAUAGUUAACUAUUUAAACAACAACUUAAUAAUUUACAUUUCUUCAUUAUCAUUUAGCAGAUGCUUUUAUCCUGAGUGGUAACAGAAAGAAGUGAGGCUGAGAACAACAAAAAAAUUGAACUUAACUUGAAAGAGUGCAGAGGAUAGGAAUCAGAGAUACAAGUUAUUUAUUUUUAUGAGUGGUACCUGUUAAAUGUUAUACUCAAAAUGAACCAAAUGUUAGGUUAUACGUGAACCUAACCAUGAGAGCUGUACCCUAUGUAACCGUUAACAGGAGACUGAUUUGUGUUUGUGUGAUCAGCAUCAUCGCGUGUUCAAACAAUGAAGCAUUUCGAGGUGCUUUUCUUCUGCACAGGAAGACCAGAGGUUAGAGACAGGAAACUGUUUGGAGGAGAUAGUUUCCUUCUCGCCUCUUGCCAAACUGUAUGUGAGUGAGACCGGUUGCAAAGCGCGGCACCCUGGAUUGAACCUUCUGGUGAUUAACAAAGUAAAAGCGGACAAGAUCUCUGCAGAACCGACUGAUGGUGAACCUGGAGCUGGCGUGCGGGGGCGGAGCGGCGAGCACCUGUCCAGGUGGGCAGUGAGGGGCUCAUGUCGCGCGGCGGCCGGCAGUACGAGGCCCUGCUGGGCCGCAGCGAGAGAGUCACAUGGCAGAGAGACUGCUACAUGGACCUCCAGUCCAACCCCGGAGGACCCCCCUCCAAGAGCGACAGAGACGCCCACGGAUCCGUCUGGGUCCAUCAGCACCAGCAGCAGCUCCAGCGCUUCACCACCGCCAGCUUCCUGCGGCGGAUGCUGUCCCACCUGCGGGUGCAGGAGCUGCUGAGCGUGGUGGACGAGAUGCGGGUGGAGGACGGCGGAGGGAGGCAGGUGGAGGAGCAGGUCAUGACCCUUCUCUCCCUGCUGGCCAGCAGAGCCCCCCACGGGCCCAACGCCCUUCAAGCCUUUGUGGAGAACUCGGACUCCCACGAGGCGCGGCUCAUCCUGACACAUGACCACAUGGUGAAGGAGCACCAGACGAUGCUGCUCCAGAGGCUCGCUUCUUCCAGGGACCGGAUGUACAACGCUCCCCCCAGCCUGAGCAGCGCCUCCCGGGGCUUGCUGCUGGUGGACGGGCUCUCCAACCUCCAGCAGAAGGAGCACGACCUCAUGCAGGUCAACACCGCGCGGGGCAGCAGGCGGAUCCACCUCCGACCCCUGGCCCUGGCCAGGCUGAUGGAGCCCCUGACGCGGGUCAGCUCCUCUCCCAGGGUGUCUCUCACCGUGGGCGUGGCCGGCAUCGGCAAGACGGCGUUGGUCCGGCAGUUUGUCACCCAGUGGUGCCUGAGGAAGGUGUGCGGCGACAUCAGCUUCAUCCUGCCCUUGUCCUUCUGGGAGCUGAACUUCCUGGAGAAGGUGUCUGCCGAGAGGCUGGUGAGGCUGGCCUUCCCGCACCUGAGCGACCCCGCCCUCGUCCUGAGCGGAGCCUGUCGGACGCUCUUGAUAUUCGACGGCCUGGACGAGUUCCGCUGCCGGUUGAACUUCUCGGACGCGUCCACGUGCAGCGACCCGAAGAAGGAGGUGAGCGUGGAGGACUUGGUGACCAACAUCAUCCGCGGGAACCUCCUCCCCGACGUGUCGGUGUGGCUGACGUCGCGUUCGGCCCACGCGGCGCUGAUCCCCGUGGGACUGGUGGACCGGCUCACCGAGGUCCCCGGCUUCACCUCGCAGGACGUCCACACGUUCCUCCACCACUGUCUGCCGGAACGGGACACGGCGGGUCAGGUCUGGGCUCACCUGGAGUCCCACAAGUUCCUGAUGGUGAUGUCCUACAUCCCCUGCGUCUGCCAGAUCGUGAUGGAGACCCUGAGGUUCCUCCUGCAGAAGGGCUCGCCGGACGGCCUUCCCAGGACCUGCACGGAGCUCUACGCACACUUCUGUGCCAUGAACGCCGAGGCAGGGGAACCCCGAGGUCGGGAGCCCAUGAGGAUGGAGCAGGUCCAGGCCAGCCACCGGAAGCUCUUGGGACCCCUCGGCCGCCUGGCAUUCUACGGACUCAUCAAACACAAGUACACCUUCGGCGAGCAGGACCUCCGGGCGCACGGGGUGGACCUGCCGUCCGCGCAGGGCAGCCAUGGUGCUGCGCUCCUGGUGCGGGAGGAGUCCGCCAUCUUCGUGGCGUACCGCUUCACCCACCUGACGGUGCAGGAGUUCCUGGCGGCCACGUUUUACCACGUCUCCUCCAAGCGGGCCAUCUUCGACCUGUUCUCCGAGAGCGCCAUGUCGUGGCCCAAGUUGGGCUUCCAGAACCACUUCAGGAACGCCCUGCAGCGGUCGCAGCAGGACGACGGCGGCCACCUGGACGUGUUGGUGCGGUUCCUCGCGGGCUUGCUGUCUCCCAGCGCCGCCAAGCCCCUGGCGGCGCUGGUGGGGAAGGACGACUGCAGCCAGCAGGUAUGGGCCGGGGGCUUCCUCCAGAGCCUGCUGGGUCCGACGGGGGGCUCGGAAGGGGGUGCAGCCGUCUCCCUGCGGGAGGUCAACCUGGCCUACUGCCUCCAGGAGCUGAAGCACACGGAGCUGCUUUGGAAGGUGGAGGAGGCGCUGCGCAGCGGCAGUCUGGCCGGGACGCUGAGCCGGUCCCACUGCGUCGCACUGGCCUACCUGCUGCAGGUGUCUCCGGAGUGCCGCCAGGAGACCAACCUGUCGGACUGCCUCAACUACUCCACCGUCAAAUGUCUGCUGCCGCAGCUGCUGUACUGCUCCCAGCUGAGGCUGGAGAACAACCACUUCAAGGACAACGUAAUGGAGUUGCUGGGAAGCCUAUUGAGUGCUAAAGACUGCCAGGUCCAGAAGAUCAGUCUUGCGGACAACUCUAUCGGUAACCUGGGAGCGAAAGCUCUGAGCCGAGCCCUCCUCGUCAACCGGACCCUCACCGCACUAGAUCUCCGCAGCAACAACAUCGGAGCCAAAGGCGCCCGUUUUCUGGCUGAAGCGUUGAAGAUGAACCAAGCCCUGGUGUCCAUCAAUUUCCAGAACAACGCGAUCGGGGAGGAGGGGACGCGUGCGCUCGCCGACGUGCUGCUGGUCAACCGCAAACUGGUCUCGCUCAACAUUCAGAACAACGCCAUCGGACCAGGUGGGGCGAGGCGUCUGGCUGAGGCACUGAAGACCAACCAGGCGCUGACGGAGUUGAAUCUCUGCAGUAACCAGCUGGGGGAUGGAGGAGCCACAGCCCUGGCCCAAGCCCUGGUGGAGAACCGCACACUCCUCUCUCUCCACCUGCAGAGUAACUCCAUCAGCGACCGAGGGAUGACAGCCUUGACCAGAUCUCUGAGGACCAACCAGUGCCUGCAGUCGCUAAACCUCCAGUGGAACUUCAUCAAAGUUGGAGACAAGGCCCUGGCCCACGCCCUCACCUCCAACACGUGUGUGUGUGUGUGUAGCCUCCAGGAGAACUGUAUCGGUGAUGAGGGGAUGGUGUGUCUGGCCAAUGCCCUGAAGAACAACUGCUCUCUGAAGACUCUGUGCCUCCAGGGUGUUUCUGCUGGAAGGUCUGGGGCCAUCGCCAUGGCAACGGCUCUGAUGGUGAACCACAGUCUUCACACGCUUGACUUGCGGGGGAAUUCCAUUGGGAUGGAGGGGGCCAAGGCGCUAGCCAGCGCGUUGAAACACAACCAUAGCCUCAAGUCUCUCAAUCUUCAGGAGAACGGCCUGGGGAUGGACGGAGCCAUAUUCAUCGCCACCGCCCUGAGAGCCAACCACCAACUCACCUACAUCAAUUUGCAGGGAAACGGCAUCGGGGAGUCGGGGGCGAAGGUCAUCUCUGACACCAUCAGGACCAACUCUCCUGACUGUGUGGUGAUGAUCUGACCGCUGGUAACCGUAGCAACCAGAUCAGCCCCAUCCCGGCAGUCUCGUGUUCCACCACUUGUAUUUACUAAAUGGACAGUUACCGUCCCAGGGUGCCCAGUUGAAAGAGUCAAACUUUUCUGUAAUUGGUCGACGAUAGCAUGUGAAUGAUACGCCAGUACCUGGUAUCUUUAAAUAUUUGGUAUCUCUCGAAUAUGGACUACUAAUGCAUUCCACUCUCAAGCAGGAACUGCCAGGACAAGGAGACGGUAGCAAUCUCCUGGUGUCAGUAUUAUACAAACUGCCCGCACAUCAGUGACUAUAUUGUACCCUGUCGAAAUGUCCGUGCCCCAGCCGUUCGACAGGUUAUAUCAACCCGUUAGUAACCACAGUUGGCAAGGUUCGCCCUCCCGCAGCGAUGCCACUGAGCCAUUCAAUUAAAUGCCUCAAACACAUUAACUCCACAUGAUAUCAUCAAUUCAUAAUGUACCGAUUCAUCUUUCAUGUGGCUGGAGCUGCACAAUGUAGCGUUACAGACUAGUUAUGACCGUGUCCAUGGUAGCACAAUGUAUGCGGAGAUAGAUUCCUAUGUAUAGAUAUAAUAUUUGUACAUUGUUUUAAUAAUGUAAUAUAUUACCUUGUUUUUUUCUCUAUACAAUUUAACAAUAAAAUGAGUCAUUGUAGUUGAAUGU